AUGGACUGUGGGACAGCGGUGAGUGCCCCACACUCCGCCCUCUUUGGUCAAGGUUCUGAACCAACCUGGCUCGAUGAUGUGGCCUGUUCAGGAAGUGAGAGUUCUUUAACUGCAUGUCAACACCCAGGAUUUGGAACAGAAAACUGUGGACACGGUGAGGACGCUGGUGUCAUAUGUUCAGUGAGUCUCCCCAAACCCGGCAUCUCUGUGAAUCCUGCCAGAGAGGUCACCUGGGGUCAAAGCCUCAGCAUCACUUGUUCAACUUCAGGGGAGUUUUUGGACGGAGCCUUCAGUCUGAUGGCGUCCUCGGGCUCACGUCGAAACCCUCAGACAUCGACUUCCAACUCGGCUACUUUCGACUUCCCUACGGUGACCUUUGACACUGACGGAUCGUACCGGUGUCAGUAUGAGAAGACCAUUUCAAGUCAAACAUUCAGGUCUCCCUUAAGUAACCCCAUCACACUUCAUGUUACUGUGGAUCUGCAGCAGCCCACCAUCUCUGUGUCGUCUCCUGACGGAGGCCUGCUGUGGGUUCCUGAAGGUGCACAGGUCACCAGAGGUCACAGCUUGGUCAUCACCUGUUCUGUCCACACCGUCUACCCUGGAGGACGCUUCAUUCUCAUCUUCUCAGACUCCAACGUCACCACCUCCGAGGCUGCGGUCAACAACUCCGCCUCCUUUGACUUUCCUGUAGUAGAGUGUGAACACCAGGGAAACUACAGCUGUGUGUACGAAGUGACGGGUUCCACACGCACAUUCACAUCUGCACCAACAGCAGCGCUUUAUGUCAGCAUCACAUUGGAUCUGCAGCAGCCCACCAUCUCUGUGUCGUCUCCUGACGGAGGCCUGCUGUGGGUUCCUGAAGGUGCACAGGUCACCAGAGGUCACAGCUUGGUCAUCACCUGUUCUGUCCACACUGUCUACCCUGGAGGACGCUUCAUUGUCAUCUUCUCAGACUCCAACGUCACCACCUCCGAGGCUGCGGUCAACAACUCCGCCUCCUUUGACUUUCCUGUAGUAGAGUACGAACACCAGGGAAACUACAGCUGUGUGUACGAAGUGACGGGUUCCACACGCACAUUCACAUCUGCACCAACAGCAGCGCUUUAUGUCAGCAUCACAUUUCCUUCGUCGCUGCUGGUCCUUCCACUCGUUGCUGGGGGUUUACUGCUGUUCCUGCUGGUCUUCGUGGUGAUCUUUGUGAUCCGAAGGAGACGAUCCCAUUCCGGACCCACCGGAGCCCACCUUCAAACUCAGAUGUUUUACCGAGUAGGAAACACCUACAGUGAUAAGGAGGACGACGGGGAAGAGGACUCCAUCAGUGUUGAUGCAGUUUAUACCAACAAGAAGCUAAAGGAGUCCGCAGGAAACACAGAAGAAGAGAGGGAGUGUGAGGAUGAGGAUGACGUGACGAACACAUGACCCACAUUGACUUUUAGAGCAGAGCCACCACAGCCCAAACAUCUGGAAGAGAUGCAGUUCCUCUGGGGUAGACCCUGAUCCAGGUGGGUCUGACCUGAGGACCAGGGGAGGUCCACAAAGGAGCACAGGAGUUCCUCUGGUGGGAUCUGCAUUUCAUUUUAUGAAGCAGGAGAACAUCUGAGCUGUAUGUGCUUUGCUGGCUUGUUUGUAGUAUUUUGCAGUAUAUAUGAAAGCUAAGUGGACAGAGCGGUGCUUCUCAUGAGCCCUUAAACAUCGGCUCUAAAUGUUAGCUAGCUAAUGCUUUGAACAUAUGCAAACCUGACAUGAAGCUAACGUUUCCAUGUACAUGUAUGUAAGCUAACGGUGUGAGUGUCAGGUGUUAAUGGAUGCUGUCUGCCAGUCCUUCUGCUAGAACACACUGGAGCUGCAUGGGCCUGAACACAGUUCUACUGUGUUAACAUUCCUUCUGUAUCACAUAGCAACUGAUGCAAGAUGAAAAA